CUACGAAAACUGCGUAAUUAUCUGUCAACUUGACAAAAAUGGUGGCUCGGUGCUUUGUUCAGUGUUCACGUUUAAGAAAUGAGUGUGAAGUUCUUCUGAUUAAUAUGAUUUUGUGUUGAGAAUUUAGUUACAAACUGAAUGUAGCAAUUUUAUAUGAUUGAACAAAAGUGAUAUGUUUACAAAAUAUUGCCUGUUUUCUUAACAGAAAUGUUUGGCGUGUGAACACGCCUCUGGCUUUUAAAUAGAAGUAACAAGUAAUUUCAGUAAAAUGUGUGGUCAACCUCUUGAUUGUCCACUUUGUUGGAAUAAAAGUUUUAGUUCUAAACAAACUCUCCUCUACCAUCUAACGAAUGCUUUAGAAAAUACAUAUUGUCCCGUUUGUGUAUGCAAAUGCACCUCAUUAGCUCAGCUUGUAGAGCAUCUAUCUCAGGACAAAUGCCAGCCAGAUAAUAAUGAACACAAAUUUGAACAGAGAGAUAAUGACAAUACUAAUAAUCAAAAUACAGUCAUAGAAAAUUCUGAAAUUAGAGUUCUUGAGAGAGAUGUCAGUGAUAAUGAUAAUUUUAAUACUGCAAAUGUUCAAGAGAUUCCAGCAGAAAGCAAUGACGAUAACAAAAUGUAUGUGGAUCUGUUUGGUAAACCAAUUAAACCAUGCCUUCAAACUGGGGAACUGAGGCUGGUGAAGGAAAAUGGGGAAAGUCGAUACAUGAUCAUCACACCAGAUUCAGGCUUAAGUGCUGAAAGCACUGUUGUUACUAAACGAAAUGAUGAUGGCACUAUAUCUCUAACCACUAUUAAAGAUAUGAAAAUAGAAUCAGAGUCAUCAAUAGCAACAGACGCAAUACUGGAAGACAAUCAGGAAGAGAUCUACAGCUGUAACACUUGCAAGGUGUCUUUCACGUCUGUCAUAGACCACAUACAAAACUAUCAUAAUGAUCAGGAUGUUGUUGUAGAGGAGCCAAUAGAAGAUCAUCAAAACAACACAGUUCCCAUAGAAUUUGAGCCAACGGACCAAGACGAGUCAACGCUGUUGUCUGACAAGCAUGUCCCUCGUCGAGUAAUCACCGAUACCGGUGAUAUUGUGGAGGAACCACUUGAAUUCAAAACGGAUUCUCAAUUCAUAACACCAGAUCAGGUGUCAGAUCAAAUGGAGACCAUAAAAAUGGAGAAAAAGGGAAAGCGGUUCAUCACGAAGCGAGUCAUGCAGGUGGACAAAAUAUGCGACAGCGUCAUCAAAGAUGCCAUGAAAACUGAUGGAAAAGACCCACCUAUCGACACAAUAACAGACCUACAUAAAAGCGGUCCAUAUCACAAAGUAAUCGUUAGAGAAGUACCAACGGAGAGUGGGUUUGCAAUCAAAAUGUAUCAAUGCUUAGCCUGUGAUAUAUCUGUCACGAAUUUAGAAGAGUUCAAAAUCCAUCCCUGUAAAGUAUUGAAAUAUCCUUGCCUGUACUGUCCCGUGGCGUAUGAAAAUUCAAAAUCACUGUGUGCGCAUAUGAAAGUACACAAGAUGAAAUCAGGUAAUGUGCCUACUGAACCUGUUGUAUAUGAAUGUGAUAUUUGCAAUACCGUAUUCCCAACCAACAAGUCUUUGAAACUACACAAACGGAUGCACGAUCCUGUUAAAUCUCGUCCCAUAGAGUUUCCAGUGGAGAACACAGACGGUUCACAAGUUAGCGACCGCCAAUACAUAUGUCCGAUAUGCGACAAAGUAUUUCCCAUGGACUACAAACACAUACACCAGAACUCACACAAGUCUUCCGCUAAAAUAAACUGUGGAAUCUGUAAUAAAAAGUUCACUUCUACAGAGUAUCUCGAAAUGCACGCUAAUAUACAUAAUAUUGAUAAGGCACCAGUGAACAAACAGGAUAAGAACUUACCAUACAACUGUAUAUAUUGUAACCGAAGGUUUGCUAGGCCUCACGAAAAAGUUAAACACGAAAGGAUACAUACAGGAGAGAAGCCGCACUCGUGCGAGAUCUGCGGCAAGUCGUUCCGCGUGUCGUACUGCCUCACGCUGCACAUGCGGACCCACACCGGCGCCCGCCCCUACGCCUGCCAGCAGUGCGGGAAGAGGUUCAAAGCGCACAGCGUGUAUAACCAUCAUAUGCUGACGCACUCAGAGGUGCGCGCCUACAAGUGCCCCUACUGCCCCAAAGCGUUCAAGACGUCGGUACAACUGGCCGGACACAGGAACUCUCAUACCAAACCGUUUCAGUGCCAACAUUGUAAUAGGCCAUUCGCGUCCCUAUACGCGGUGCGAGUGCACACAGAGACGCACGCGCGACAGAACAACUUGAAGUUCUCGUGCGAGCUGUGCGGCGCCAGCUACGCGCGGGCCUUCGCCCUCAAGGACCACAUGAAGCAGGCGCACAAGCAGGAGCCGCCGCCCUCGCCUACGCAAACCAUUCCUACGGAAGAAGAUUGGAGUACCGCCGAUACAGAUCCACUUAACAAAGAUUUGACACAUGAAAUCGACCUGGGCAUUAGUUCCAACGAGAUGAUUGUUCCUUAAAUCUCAGUUAUAAUGUGAAUAGACUGUAAAUAGGAUAACUAGUUUGAGUUUCAUAAUAUUAUAGAUUUGUGGUGUCAUUGUGUUUCAUCUAUUUUUGACUAGAUUUCUAAUGAUAAAAAUAUGAAAAUAACAACAAAUUUAUAAAAAAUAGAAGAAAACGCUUCAAGUACGAAAGAUGUGUUAGCUACUUUGUAGUCAAGCUAGAACUCAAACAAAAUCAAAAGUCAUUUAUUCAAAUUAGGCUGCAAAACAGCACUUUUUGAACGUCAGAAAUCUAUAAAGGAACCCCCAAAACGCCUACCUUUCACCACUUCCUAUGUGUUCUUGCUGGGAAGAAGUAGUGGCGCAACAAACUCCCCAGCAAUUUUAGUUAAUGUUGCUACCGUAAUUUUGUUAUAAUGUGGCAAUAACGGGAGGUGGCGCAUUUACUCCAAUUAACUUCGAAUUUAAUUUACCAAGUAACAGCAAUAGUUCCUUUGAGAAGCCUUAGAUAUAAUGAGGUUGUUAAAUAUGUUAAUAUUUAAGCAAUUUUUUUUAGCAAAAAUAGCAGAAAAACAAUGCCACUUCAGGUGCUUGUAGUGUAAUGAAUCAUCUAAGUCGUGAUUUAUUCAGCUAGUUUGUUCGUGAAACGGUGUUUAUUUGGAUCAUUGAUUUUUUAUACUUGGUUGGGCCUAGCUUGGUCUAUAAGCUUAGUAAUUGUAUAGAAGUGUCGGCUUUUAAAGAAUAUUGAAUUAAUCUUGACACUUUCAGGAUUUAUAACUGCUUUGAGUAUCAAUUGACCAAUAACAAUUGCCCACCAGUAAAAAAAGAAAAAGGCCAUAGAUUUAACUCAUAACCUUUUUGAAAAAAAAUGCAAUGGUCCAGAUAUUCACUCUAAAAUGCAGUAAUGUCAAAGCAUUUCGUGAUACAUAAUGCAAUAAUAACAUAGAGUAAUUAUAGCGAUCAGAGUUUUCAAAAAUAUAAUUCCCUGUACAAAUAAAGCGGUUUUUCCAUUGUAAAGAAAACCGGCGUUAUUUUCUCCAUCUUUCUGGUAGCUUUACUGACCAACGAAUUUUAUGAAAUUCUUUCAUUAGGUUUAAUGGACUUAUGGACACACUCAGAGACAUUUAAUGGAUACAAAAGCUGUUCCUUAGUGCAGAAUUUUCUAUGAGAAUCUGUCACUAAGGAGUGACUUAAGUAAUCAUUAAAUAUCUCUGAGUUAGACUGUAGGUUAGACUGUAGGUUUUUAACUAGUUGACCUCAUAUUAGACUACCUUAAUAUAAAAAAGCCAUUUUAACAAUAUGAUCUUUAUCAAAUAUUUAAAAUAUCUUCUUAAAAGCAAUUCUCAAAUAUUUCUUCAUAAAAUAUUCUGCCAAUUAUAAUUCCUAAUGAUACCAAUAAUAUCCAACUUCUCUACCUUUUUUCUUAAAUUUCUUUUUUAUGUAAAUAUCUGUGUGUGUAAAUAAAUAAUUGUGACAAUAUUGUAUGAGUUGUGAAGUUAUCAGAAAUGCGCACAAUUAUUAUAUUAUUUAAAUGAUGUUCAGUGCGUGUUGAAAAAAAUAUUUUGUAUGAAUAUUAAAGAACCAUGAAGUUUAUUUGUAUUUAAUUUUGUAACGGGAGUGGAAGUUUAAUGUUAUCAAAAAAAUCUGUCAAUGUAGAUAAAGCAGUUAAAAUGUAAAGCCCUAGUAUUCUACGUACGGUAUAUAUAAAAUGAAAAUGCUAUAUUAUUUUUAAUAUAAUCAUUUUUAUUGGAAGUAUAAUCAACAGUAGGUAUGUCCUACGUAAUACUAGAAAUGGCACAUUGUUAUUCAAAUUUUUGGUAUACAGCUGUAUGUUUUGUUGUCACUACAUUUAUGUAUUUAUAAUCAAAUAAAUCAUUAAUACUA